CUUUAUAUCACAUACUGCUACCAUAACCAUGUAAUCAUUUCCACAGUAAAAAACAGCAAGACACUUAUGGAUCCAAAAGUACAGUUCUCUCUCUCUCCCAAAAGACUGAUCAGAGGAGAAGGGAAGAGCUUUACCAGAAGAAAGCAAGACAAUAAUUGAGGAAGAGACAGAACAAGAAGAGGUCCCAAGUUGGCUGAGAGAUGGAGCUCUUUUCAUCACAACCUGAUCUAUCGCUUCAGAUCAGCCCCCCAGACAUGACACCGGCAUCAGGUUGGAGAAAGCCAGAUGAAGACAUGGACUUAGGGUUCCUGAGGAGCAACAGUAUCACGACAGCCUUAAUGGAGAAGGCCGAGAGCAACACCUCUGAGGUCUCUUUAGCUGCUCGAAGCACCGCUGUCUCCACCACAACAAGUAACACCACUCUGCUACUACACCCCCUACCCCACCACCAUCACCACCACCUCCACUUCCACCACCACCAUCACCACCACCCUCUGCUGCAUCAAGGGUACCACCAAGAUUUUAGCUUGAUGAGGCCCAUAAGGGGAAUUCCUGUGUACCAAAACCCGCCCACCUCAACUUUGAUGCCACCAUAUCAGCAGCAGCAGCUUCUGUGUGACUCUUCUCCCUCUUCUGAGUUCAAUCACUUUGCGACAACACAAGGCCUGUCAAGAUCAAGGUACUUGCCGUCGAGGAUCCCCAUAAAAAGGAGCAUGAGAGGUCCACGGAUGCGGUGGACAAGCGCACUCCACGCCCGCUUUGUGCAUGCUGUGGAGCUCUUGGGAGGCCAUGAAAGGGCUACACCCAAGUCAGUUCUCGAGCUAAUGGAUGUCAAAGAUCUCACACUGGCUCACGUGAAAUCUCACUUACAGAUGUAUAGGAGCGUGAAGACAACUGAUAGACCAACAAAUCCUUCAGCAGUUCAAUCUGAUGGUUUCGAGAAUCGAUCAUUCGGAGAAGUUUCGGAUGAUAAUUUGGUAGAAGUCCAUGAUCUGCAGAAUUCAGAAUCGUCAACUCAUAACGGGAGACCUGAUGCACAUCAUGGAAUCAAUCAAUGGGGCCAUUCUUCCAGCUGGGGAAGCUUUUCUGAUGACUUGGUGAGUGAUUCCACCACCAAUGGAAGCAUGGAGUCCUUCAAGGAGAUGCCAUUCGAGAGAUUUGAAAUGUAUCGUGACUUGAACUCACCUUGCCUCUCGGGGACAACAAGCCAAAGCAGGCUUAACCUUGAGAUCACCCUGGGUAGGCCUCACUGAUCGUGGAGAAAGAAAAA